AUGAAGAGAGCUCUUGGUGGCAAAAUGAAGAUUGAGUUCAUUGAUGGAUCUCUUCCUGUUCCUGCUGAUUCUUUCGAUCCAUCCCUGCAUGCUUGGAACCGCUGCAACAUGCUUGUACAUUCUUGGAUCAUGAAUUCUGUUUCAGAUUCAAUUUCUCAGUCUAUAGUUUUCAUGGAGAAUGCGCUUGAUCAAGAAAUAUACAAUCUGAAGCAAGAAACCAAAUCAGUAACUGAUUUUUUCUCUGAUCUUAAAAUUCUUUGGGAAGAACUAGAUCUGUAUUUGCCUUUACCAACUUGUACUUGUCGCAUAAGGUGUUCCUGUGAAGCUAUGCGCAGUGCAAGAUCUCAUCAUCAGCUAUUGCAGAUUAUCAGAUUCUUGACUGGUUUAAAUGACCAAUUUGCUGUAGUGAAGUCCCAAAUCUUGUUAAUGGAUCCUUUGCCAACUAUGAAUAAGAUAUUCUCCAUGGUUAUCCAACAUGAGCGACAAAUUCAGCUCCCUAUUCCAAAUGAUGAGUCUCAAACACUGAUUAAUGUUGCUGAUUCCAAGAGGUUUGGAGCAAGAAAUAAUGCAUUCAAGCAUGGUGUUCGUGUUUUCACAUUCUGUGGCAAGACUAACCACACUGUUGAAAAUUGCUUCAAGAAACAUGGUGUACCACCUCAUAUGCAGAAACAGUUUCAGAAUUUAGCUAACAAUGUGGCAUCAGAUGGAAAUGAUGAUGGAUCUUCAUCUCAUGGUGCUGACAUUAAAAGUGACAAUUCACCUAUGACUCAAGGUUAA